CAAAAACAGCAACAUCUUUGCACACAUAUAUAUAUAGUGCUUAUAUUUCACUAUCACAUUGUUCUAGUUACUCUUCAAGUUUAUAUUUCUUCCCUCUUUGUUUCGUCAUAAACCUUUUUAUGUUUAUAGAACCGAUUUAAAUUUCCCAACACAAACAAAUUUAUUUCUUUAUUCCGAAUUUUAGAAUGUCUACCAUUAUAUGUGCAAUUUUGUUUAUUUCGUUGUACCUUUUAAAAUUGUUUCUACAACGCUCCAAUGCUAAACUUCCUCCCGGUCCUAAACCAAUGCCGAUUUUUGGCAACAUUUUUGAGCUUGGUGAGAAACCUCACCGAUCAUUUACUAGGCUUUCUGAAAUAUAUGGUCCAUUAAUAAGCCUUAAAUUAGGAGCUAUUACUACCAUAGUCAUCUCAUCUUCUGAAGUCGCUAAAGAAAUGUUCCUUAAAAAUGACCAAAACCUUUGUAAUAGAACAAUACCAGAUUCUGUUAAGGCGAGCAACCAUGAUAAACUCUCCAUAUCCUGGUUGCCUGUAUCCACGAAAUGGCGAAAUUUGCGAAAGAUCUCUACCGUCCAAUUGCUCUCGACUCAACGACUCGAUGCUAGCCAAUCUCUUAGACAAGCUAAGGUGCAACAACUUCUUGAUUAUGUACAAGAAUGUUGUAGAAAUGGACAAUCUAUUGAUAUUGGUAGGGCGGCUUUCACCACGUCACUUAGUUUAUUAUCAAACACAUUUUUCUCAAAGGAAUUGGCUCAUCAUAGUUCUAGUGCAUCCUUAGAGUUUAAGCAAUUAAUGUGGUGUAUUAUGGAAGAGAUUGGACGCCCUAAUUACGCUGAUUACUUCCCCAUACUUGGAUAUAUUGACCCCUUUGGCAUACGUCGUCGAUUAACGACUUACUUUGACAAAUUAAUUGGAGUAUUUCAGGAAAUUAUAUGUGAAAGAAUACGGAAGGUGAAGUCUUGUACAACGGCUGCUACUACCGAUGUGCUAGACACUCUUCUUAAACUCUACAAACAAAAUGAGUUGAGUAUGGAAGAAAUUAAUCAUCUUCUAGUGGAUAUUUUUAAUGCAGGAACAGACACCACUGCUAGCACAUUAGAGUGGGCGAUGGCAGAGUUAGUGAAAAAUCCCAAAAGGCUAGCGAAAGCUCAAGGUGAAAUCGAACGAGCCCUUGGAAAAAGUGGUUCAAUCAUCGAAGAAUCUGACAUCUCAAAGCUACCUUACUUACAAGCGAUCAUCAAAGAAACAUUGCGGUUGCAUCCACCAACUGUGUUUCUCCUGCCAAGAAAAGCAGAUGGGAAUUUUACACUAUAUGGGUACGUUGUGCCCAAAAAUGCACAAGUACUAGUUAACUUAUGGGCCAUAGGGAGAGACCCUAAGGUAUGGGAAAACCCGGAUGUAUUUUUGCCUGAAAGAUUUUUAGGUUGUGAUAUUGAUUUAAAAGGUCAUAAUUUCGAGCUCUUGCCUUUUGGAGCUGGAAGAAGGAUAUGUCCAGGAUUGAGUUUGGCUUAUAGAAUGUUGAACUUAAUGUUGGCUACACUUCUUCAAUCUCACAAUUGGAAGCUUGAGGAUGGGAUGAAUCCAAGAGAUUUGGACAUGACUGAAAAAUUUGGGAUCACACUACAGAAGAUCAAGCCCCUUCAACUUAUUCCGCUUGCAAAGUGAUGCAUCUACUAAUACUUUUGGCGACCCGCCAUUUUGACAUGUCACAAAAUAAAAUUACAAUUACACAUCUAUACUACAUUGAAUAGGUGUAUUUUAGUGGGAGUUAGGAACUUGUGGGUGUUUUAUUCCGAUUAUGAAAAGCAUGAUCACUAUAUUAUGUUGUCAUGAAAAAGCUAUAAGUGCUUAAAUAUAUUUCCUGAAAUGUUGUAAA